UUAAGGAUAUUCACCAACAAAAACAUCAUAUAUGCAUCACAAAUUCAUCACACUUAGAUUAUAACUACACCACCAAUGCAUCACAAGUACACAACAAAUACAUGACCAUACUUUAUAAGUACAUCUAUAAUGAACCAUAAAGUAACUGUACUAUUUUACCCAGUGUGCACUCUUAUGGGUGCCUGACUUCAGUUGGGAUAUUAAAGGCGGUUGGUCGUUGUGCUUGCCCCAUGGCACCCUGCUAGUUAAUCGUAAGCCAAAGAAUCAGAUGAACUUAACAUCAUACACCCUAUAGAUGUCGAGGUCUGAAAGGAGAACUUUCUUUAUGGCUGUCUGUCCUCCUCUUUGCCUCAUAGCCUGAGAUAUUAUCAAUCCAAUGUCUACAGUAGUCUUCACUUUAUAGCAGUAAAUUAUUGCACGCCUAGCAAUAGACGUAAAAAGGAAAUAAAAAAAAUGACAGGAAAUCUGGUGCAGCGUGGUGUGUAUGUCUUGUUCAUUGACUAGAGAGCUACAGCAGGGCUGACAAUGAAAUGACUUGAGACUUUUGAUAGAUCAAACUCUUCUCUUCAUGUUGUGAGCACAGCGAUAUAUGUUUACAUGCCUUAAACAUGGAUUGAAAUAAAUAUUGAAACAACCGUUUAAAGUUGGCUAGUUAAACUACUUCACUCUGACCAGGCGUUAGUCAAGCUGUGAUGGGUAUAUCUCCAGAGGUAAAGAUGAACAACUCCCACCACUUUUAAUUUGUUUAGUCCAUCACAUCACAUUGAGCUCAUAGAUUGACAGGUCUGCAAUUGAGUUUUAAAAUGUUUGCCCGAAAGAGUUUUAAAAACCUUUUUAUUCUGGCCCUUGUAACGACUGUUCUGUCGACAUUAAUAACCUUCAAGAUGGCUGACGUCCAACACACCCUACGCUACGUCUUAGUCAACGCUUUAGAUCUAAAUCGUAACAACUGUACAAGCGUAACAAAUUGCUUGUUCUCUACCGGCGAGGAAGACUACGGCGUAUUUACCCCAGACGGAAACAUCUCUUGCAUUGAGACCAUGUACGUAAGGUGCGCAGAGCCGGCGACCUUUGAACCCAGCGUGUACACAACGUACAACGUGGCCAUGCUGAGCAUGAAGAGAUGGAUGAAGGGGUACAUAUUCUUCAACUUCUCCACCUGCGUGUACUCACGAUGUCGCUUUCAGGAUAGUCGGAUAGACCAAUCCACUCACAUGGUCGUCAUGGAGAUUAGUGACAUAGAUGACCAAUACCAAGCAAUUAGCCGCUGGCCACAUCAGCUGUACGUAGCCACCAGUUGGGAGCCGCCACCUCACUUAAAUUCAGAAAUUAAACUAGAUAGAAAUUAUUUCUGGAACUCUCGAUUCAACCUGACUAGUUCUUAUCGCACUGAUUCAGAUAUAUUUGUGCCGUACGGCAUGCUGCGAUUUAAACCUAUUCCUGUGGACUCACGACCAAACUACUUUGAAAUAGCCAACAGGAAAACGAACUGGGUGGCCUGGUUUGUCUCCAACUGUAACACAUCCUCCAAGCGUCACCUUUACGUUCAGAAAAUGAAGAAAAUUAUCCAUGUUGACAUCUAUGGACGAUGUGGCAGACGUUGCCCAGAUACCUAUCCCCAGUGUUCUGAAAGUAGAUUUUCACAGUACAGGUAUUAUCUUUCUUUUGAAAACAACUUCUGCAAGGACUACAUAACAGAGAAAUUUUUCAAAGUUUUCCGGAGCGGUAUGCACAUUAUACCAGUAGUGCGGGGAGCUUUCGACUACGACAAAUAUAUGCCUGAAAUGACUUAUGUAGACACUGGGAAAUUUCGUGACGCCAUUGAGUUGGCCAAGUUUCUAAAGAGACUGGGUGAAAACCCGGUAGCUUAUGCCAGGUACCUGGAACGUAAGAGUAUGUACGAAUAUAUGAAUGAUUCCUCGCUGGAGAGUUUAGGAUGUCAAGCAUGCAUGUAUUUGCAUACACACACGUUACAAAGUAAGAUCGAGGAUUUGAAAAAAGUGAUCGUAGACAAUCAGUGUUACGCUCCCACGGACUUGAUUUGACACGUGUCUUAAGUUACAGUACUUUGAUCAGAUGAACACAUUAUGACAAGGGAUUAGCGAGCCUCAUUGCUGUCAGAUUAAACGUGACGAGUUUGUACUUCUUUCAGAGAUGACACAAAUAAAAAUGAACAACUUGGUAAAAAAAAAAUUAAAGGUUUAUUGUAAUUUUAUGUGUAAAUAGUCUUUCUGCGAGAGUACUCAAAAGGCUAUAUUUAUAUAUUUUAUUGUUGCUGCGUUUAUCUUUUUAAGCGUUCUGAAUUGUACUUUAGUUUCGAAGGGAAGGGGAAAACACUAUACUUGUCAAAUUUCUACUGGGAUAGUUCACAUGUUUACUCUAAUCAGGUUCACACUCCGAUCCACUAUUUCCGUUUCAGUUUCUAAAUUCACUAAGUGUUUUGAGAAAGAAUAAAAAGCUGCUACUAUUCACAAGUGUUUGUAGUAUUUUUCACUGUCAUUUCAUUUUUAUAGUUGUUAUUAAAAUUGUGUUUUUAUUUUUACAUUAUUCUUGCAUUACAUUCCUGUUUUUUGUUAUCAUCAAGAUUAUCAAAAUAGUUGUUAUCCUUAAGGAUCGAAGUUUCUCUAGCAUUAGUUUUAUUUUGUAUGUCCGAAAGAUUGAUCAAGGAACAUGAUUUCAACAUUAACACUAUCUUUACCUCCUAU